AAUCAGCUGAGGAAGGACGUAAGGAACUUCCUAUCUUCCUAGAGACAAAAGAGAUGAUCCUGCUGGUGGUCUUCCUGUGUCUCACAGCUGUGCUGUCUCCAUCCACUGGAGAGGAACAUGAAGAUUUUGAUGCUCUGUCAACUAUCAAAGCUGACCAGCAGAAGCUGAUUGUUGACAGACAUAAUACCCUCAGGAGAGGAGUAAACCCAACUGCCAGCAACAUGAUGAGGAUGGAAUGGUGUUCUCCAGCUGCAGACAAUGCCCAAAAAUGGGCCAAUCAGUGUACUUUAAGCCACAGUCCUGCUGAGAGGAGGAGAACCACUGUACAAUGUGGUGAAAAUCUCUUCAUGGCAUCUGCCCCUUUCUCAUGGUCAGAUGUUAUUCAGGCCUGGUAUGAUGAGAAUAAAAAUUUUGAAUAUGGAACAGGAGCAAACCCACAAGAUGCUGUGAUUGGCCAUUACACUCAGAUGGUUUGGUACAAUUCUUAUCAAAUCGGAUGUGCUGUUGCUUCCUGUCCCAACAGUAAAUACAAAUACUUUUACGUCUGCCAGUACUGCCCCAUGGGGAACCUAAAAAAUUCAAUUAAGACACCCUACAAAAGAGGACAACGCUGUGGCGAUUGCCCUAAUGCUUGUGAGAACGGAUUAUGCACCAAGCUUUGAAAGUUUGAAGAUGUUUGUUCCAACUGCCUUGGCAAAGUCUCCAGGAUGUACCUAUAGCUUCGUCAAGUUCACUGCCCUGCUUCCUGCCAAAGCAGAACUGAAAUAAUAACAGGCUCAACUUUUCCCUUCCUGGACAUCCAUCUCCUUAGUGACUUCUUUCACGAAAACAGAUUCCAUCCUACCUCUCCCACAUAUGCAGAAGGGCUAACUUCAUUCCAGUGACUCACGCAAGAAAAAGCUGUAGGAGCAUGUAUAUAUUCUAUUCUUAAAAUGGUCUAGACUAUAGCAGAGAUCUUAACUGAAAUUUGGCAUUUGAGUACCAGAUUUGUUUAAUGGUUAGCUUCUCACAUCUUUAUUUUCUGAAAAUGUUAUCUAAGGGGCAUUGUUUAAAGUUCUGUAGUUCCAUGUGUUUCAUAUAUUCUUAGUAUACAUGGAUAGUCCUUGGUCUUAGGACUAUCUUAACUUAAUAGUUCCUUAACUUAGGACUAGUCCUAACCUGACCAACAUUUUGAACUAUAUUACUGUUAACAGGACCAGAAGAUAAACAGGAUCACCUGAAAUAUGUAGUUCUCAAAAAGAAUAAGGUGAACAGCACAGUUUCCACUAGAACUAUACUGGUUUAGAAUCUUUGUCUUUUGGUGACGUAUUCUACUGUAAAACGCUCAAUUGUAUUUAAAUGUAAAACAAAACCAAAAAAGUGUAUUUCAUUUAAAUUACUGAUUCUGCUUAUAGUGUAAGAUCGCACUUAGCAUAAAUGCAUGUAACAAAACCUGGCCUCUAAUAAAAAAGAACUGUCUGAGAAAAGGGCUUAAUUCACAAAAAUAGAGAGCCAAGGGGGAAUGUCCGUGCAUUUGGAAACUUUGCUUUUAAUAGCAAGCAAGGGUGUCUUCCAAAAUUAUUUAUUAAUAUCUGCUUUUGCUGUAUCAAUCAUUAAA